UCUUAACAAACACAUUUUAAGAAUUGAAACAUAAAGUAUUACAGAGUACAAUGCAAACAAUUACAAAAUUUACAAUUCAAGCAGAAUUUAAAAUUCUGUCAAAUUUUAGUCCUCCAUAUAGCAAGAAUUGCCACUUUGAAAAUAGGUCAAAAAGGUUAAAAUGAUUUUGGUAAGUAUAUCCAAACAUUUUAACUUCAAGGUAUCAAAAUCUUUCAUUACAACAUUUUAUCAAACAAAUAGAGUGCACCAGAACAGAUUGAAUUAGUAAACAAUGAUAGAUGAUGUUUGUCCAUGAAAAGGAGUUUUCGUAUGAUUCCCGUGAAUUCGUCAUUCUCUCAAUAACAUUUGCUCACAAAAUAAAAAAUGAGGAGCACGAUGAGGGCAGUAGUGAAGCUGGCCGCCGCAAUGAUGGUGGCGAUUGGAUUUGUCGCGGUGGCGAGCUGGGCGGAGACCGGAUAUAGAGUAGCUCUGCCCGGGUGCCCGGAGACGUGCGGGAAUGUGACGGUGCCCUACCCAUUCGGCAUCGGAGAAAAGUGUUCCUGUAAAAAAGGAGCUUUUAAUCUCACAUGCGACAGUGACUCAAGGUUAUGGACUAAUUGGACUUCCGGAGUCCAAAUCACAGCCAUUGAUUAUGUGAAUGGGCAGAUGCAAGUCCUGAUGCCCGUAUCCAGAAUCUGUUACAACGAAUCCGGCUCAGAGGAAAUCUUUGAAAAUUAUAGAGUGCCGAAUAUGUUCACCAUUUCCCCUGAAGAAAACAAGUUCUUCGCCGUCGGCUGCGACGCGUCUGCAUCUUUCUUAGGCUUGACUGACCACGGUAUAUUCUUAACCAGGUGCCGACCGAAGUGCGACAGAGCUCCGGAGAAGAAGGAAAGCGGGAACUGCGCAGGGCGGGGCUGCUGCCAGGCUACUAUUCCGGUGUUCGGGUUGAGGGAGUUCAAACUUGGUGUCAAAAGUCUGGGUUUCGGGAAAAAAGUGGGGGAAUUCAAGAACUGCACCUAUGUUUUUGUGGCCAGAAAAGGGUGGUAUCAUUUCAUCCCGGAGGAUCUUACACAUCUGCGCUUUGGAUGGGCACCCAUGGCCGUAGACUGGGAUGUCGGGCAUGGGAACCAGACUUGUGAAAGUGCUGUUGCUGGAGAAGGGUAUGUUUGUGAGAAAUCUAGUACAGAGUGCGUUGAGACGACAUUCGAUUUGGGGUACCAUUGUAGAUGCAAAGACGGUUUUCACGGGAAUCCGUACCUCCCCAGUGGUUGCCAGAGUAAGGACUUGUUUAGUGCAUCUCCAUUUUUAUAAUUAUAAUAAUAAUAGGGAAAAGUACACUUUACAUACCCGUGGUUGUGGCCGUUUGCAAUCAGGGGUCUGUGAUGAACUUUGCAACAAACCCAAGCUUGUGCUUUCCUACCGUUACCACCCGCGGGGUCUAAGCGACUGGGCCGUUAGUAAUACGCUACGUGGCACUUUUUUUUUUGCUUACGUGGCUUUUAAUCCCAAUUACAAAGAUUAGGUGAAAUUAGGGCUGAAGAAAACCCAAUUACAAUUAGGUGAAAUUAGGCCUGAAGAAAUCACAAUUCUUCCUCCCAUUCGAUUCUACACCUCCGGUUGGGAAAGAACAAAGAUUGUUGGUCGAAGCAGACAAAGGACAAUAACGCAAGCACUGGCAGAUGGAAUUGUAGUUUUUUGUCCUUAGAGUCUUCACGUGAAAGUUUGGUAUGAGUGAGUACGUGAAUUUGUUAAUUCACCAUGGUGGAAAGUGGGACAGUCCAAAAGAAAAGAAAAAGUAUGUGGGAGGCCAUGUUUUGAAAAAAGAUAAAGUUGACAUUGACUAUGUGAGCAAGUUCGAAUUGGAGGGAUAUGCAGCAGAUUUGGGUUAUACAAAUGGGGUAAAAAUGUGGUUUAGAAGAUUCUCAAUUAGGGAGUUGUGUGGACCAGUCAACUUGCAAGAGAUAGUGUGUGAUAAAGAUGUUCAAGACAUGUUGGUGUGUAACAUAAUGGACCCACACAUUGAGUUGUAUUUUGUUGCAAACACAAGUAAAAAACGGGUGGUUGGUACUUUAGCAAAAGAAACAACUCAAUCUUCACAGGAAGCCCACACUUCAGUCCCAACUCAAUUACAAAAUAAAGAUCAAGCUCGACAAGCAGACCAAUUUGUGGGUGAAUCCACUACAUUUCUUGAAACUGAAUUACAGAGUGAUGAGGAUGAUGAAGACUAUGUGAAUCAAAGUGGAUCUGAAAGUGCUUCACAUGACCAUUCCAAUUCCAAUAUCAGUGAAGCUUCCUGGCUAUAUGAUGACCUAGAAGGGAGUGAAGCUUCCUGACUAUAUGAUGACCUAGAAGGGAGUGAAGAUGAUGUAUUUAAUCAUGGAGCUGCAAGUUUAAGCCAAAAACCACCCCCAGGUCCAGACCAACCUUCAGAACCAAACCCCUUUUUUCCAGAAGAUCUGAAUGAAGAGCAGCUUAAGGAGUUUAAUGAAAGUCCAUGCUAUAGUGAUGACUUGCAUAGCAUUGUAGGAUCUGAAGAUGGUGAUGAAAAGUAUGAAGAGUUCAAUGAAGAAACAGGAGCUUCAAAUCCAGAAUUAUCCAAAGGUUUGAAAUUUACCUCACAUACCUCUUUUAGAAAUGCUCUUAAGGAAUGGGCAGUCAAGGGUGGAUUUGAAUUCAAAUUUGUGAAGAACAAUAGAUCUAAAAUCACUGUGAUUUGCAAAAACAAGGACAUUUGUUCAUUCAGGGUUCAUGCAUCAAAAGUUCCAGAAUGUGGGUCCUUCCAAAUAAAAACAUUCAGGCCCAAACAUGAAUGCCCUUUUAGUAACAGAAACACCUUGGUGACUAGUAGCUAUUUGGCAAAAAAGUACAUGGAUGAGUUGAGGGAAAAUCCUAAGUGGGAUGUCACUGCUAUGCAAAAGUCAGUUCAAAGACAGUUAAGGGCAGAGGUGAGUCUUGCAAAGUGUUACAGAGCUAGAAGAAAAGCAAAGAAAAAGAUCCAAGGAGAUAUCAAAGAACAAUAUAGGAGGUUGAGGGAUUAUGCAGAAACUGUUGUUAAAUACAACCCUGGGAGUCUUGUAAUAAUCAAAACUGAAGCUAGGGAUGUCAAUGAAGAAGGUGGUGCUGCAGAGGGUGUACCAAGAAUACCCAAGGAAAUUCUAAUGCUUCAAUACAUGUACAUGAGGUUUAGUUCUCAGAAGCAGGGUUACUUUGCAGGUCUUAGACCCUUAAUUGGGUUAGAUGGGUGCCACUUGAAAACACCAAUGGGAGGCCAACUGCUUUGUGCUGUAGCAAGGGAUGGAAAUGAAAACAUGUUUCCUCUUGCUAUAGCUUAUGUGGAUAGUGAAGACAAAGCUUCAUGGACUUGGUUCUUGCAAGUGUUGUUUGAAGAUUUUGGAAGACCAGAAGAAACUAAUUGGGUAUUCAUGUCAGACAAGCAGAAGGGACUAGUUGAAGCAUUUAAAGUUGUCUCACUUGCAAAUGAGCACAGAUAUUGUGUGAAGCACAUGUAUGAGAAUUACAAGAAGAUAUUUAGAGGGCCUGAUAUUUCUGAACCAACCUCCCAUGAGCCACUUCAGACAACCAAUAAUGACAGUGAAUUAACAACUCCCAUGACCCAUGAUUCGGUUUCCCAAAGCACUGGAGGAAGAACAAAGAAGAUAAGGAGAAUCAGCACUUCACAACUGUAAGGAAUAAUUGUAAUUAGAUUUUGAUGAUGCUAGAUUAAUUAGGACUUUAGAAGUACCCCUUUAGAAAUUAUGUAUUAGAAUUUUCCUUUGUAAAGUUCUUAGAAGUAUUCGACUUGACAGAAGACCUUCAAGAACAGAAUGCCUUCAGAGCAGAAGGACUUCAAGAGCAGAAGUGCCUCUUAAGGCAUUAUUGAAACAGAGGACCUUUGAUUCUCUGCUCCAGAACAGAAGUCCUCAGGAUCUCUGUUAGUCUUGACUCUGACAGAAACCCUUCUGGGUCUCUGUUGGAUACUCCCAACAGAAGUGCUUCAGACCACCUCUGUUCUACUCCCAGACAAAGACUGUAAUACCCGAGAUUAAUUUAAGAGGAUUAAUAGUACUACUCAUACCAACAGAGGUGCAUCUCCUUUUAAGGGAGCUCAUCACCCAAGAACUCCAAAGUUAAGCGUGCUUGCACGGGAGUAGUCUUGGGAUGGGUGACCCCCUGGGAAGUUUCUCAGGGCGCGCAUGAGUGAGGACAAAGUGCGCGGUAAAGGCUCGUGGUGGUUUGUGGGGACAGUACUAGAGGUCUGGAGUAACUACCUCGGGGCCUACGGGGCCGGGGUGUUACAAAUGGUAUCAGAGCAACCCUGCGACAGUGUGUUGACCCGUUGGAUAUCGGGCGGGCACUUAGCGGGGCAAGAUUCUGGGGUUUGAUUGAGAUUGGUUUAAGGGCGCAACGAGGACGUUGCGAUCCUAAGUGGGGGUGAUUGUAAUACCCGAGAUUAAUUUAAGAGGAUUAAUAGUACUACUCAUACCAACAGAGGUGCAUCUCCUUUUAAGGGAGCUCAUCACCCAAGAACUCCAAAGUUAAGCGUGCUUGCACGGGAGUAGUCUUGGGAUGGGUGACCCCCUGGGAAGUUUCUCAGGGCGCGCAUGAGUGAGGACAAAGUGCGCGGUAAAGGCUCGUG